ACUCCCCCUCUACAUACAGAGAACCCAGUCCAGAAGGAAGCCACUCCCCCUCUACAUACAGAGAACCCAGUCCAGAAGGAAGCCACUCCCCCUCUACAUACAGAGAACCCAGUCCAGGAGGAAGCCACUCCCCCUCCUCUGGUGUAGAGUUCCAUAAAACAGAAAGUCAUCUUUCAUACUGCCAUUGCUUAACCUACGGGAGAGAGCACCAAGAUGGCAGAGAAUCAGGAACUGUUCUGUUGCUCCAUCUGUCUGGAUCUACUGAAGGAUCCGGUGACUACUGCCUGUGGACACAGUUACUGUAUGGGCUGUAUUAAAGAAAGCUGGGAUCAGGAUGAUCUGAAAGGUUUCUACAGCUGUCCACAGUGCAGACAGACCUUUAUCCCAAGGCCUGUUCUGAACAGGAGCACUGUGCUGGCUGAGAUGGUAGAGAAACUGAGGAAGACAGGACUCCAGGCUGCUCCCCCUCCUGCUCUGUGCUAUGCUGGACCUGGAGAUGUGGCGUGUGAUUUCUGCACUGGGACCAGAAAGCAGAAAGCCCUCAUGUCCUGUCUGGUGUGUCUGGCCUCUUACUGUGAGACUCACCUCCAACCUCACUAUGAAUUUCCUGCUUUGAAGAAGCACAAGCUGGUCAAAGCCACCGCACAACUACAGGAUAAGAUCUGCUCUCAUCAUGACAAACUGCUGGAGGUUUACUGUCGUACCGAUCAGCAGUGUAUCUGUUAUCUGUGUACAAUGGAUGAACAUAAAGGCCAUGAUACAGUGUCAACUGCAGCAGAGAGGACUGAGAAACAGAGACAGCUGGGGAUGAGUCAGCAGAAGGUCCAGCAGAGAUUCCAGGAGAGAGAGAAGGAGCUGAAGGAGCUCCAACAGGCUGUGGAGUCUUUCAAGCGCUCUGCACAGUCAGCAGUGGAGGACAGUGAUCAGAUCUUUACUGAGCUGAUCCGCUCCAUUGAGAGAAGGAGCUCUGAGGUGAAGGAGCUGAUCAGAGCCCAAGAGGAGGCUCAAGUGAGUCAAGCUGAAGGACUCCUGGAGCAACUGAAGCAGGAGAUAGCUGAGCUGAGGAAGAGAAGCACUGAGCUGGAGCAGCUCUCACACACAGAGGAUCACAUCCAUUUCCUCCAGAGUUAUCAGUCUCUCUCCAGUAUCAGUGUAUCUUCAGACUUACCCAGCAUCGUUGUCCGUCCUCUUCAGUUCUUUGGAGAUGUGAGUAAGACUGUGUCUGAACUGAGAGAGAAACUAGAAGACUUCCUUAAAGGAGAAUGGACCAAGAUCUCCACUACAGUGAAUAUAGUGGAUGUUGUACUGCCUCCAGAGCCCAAGACCAGAGAACAGUUGUUACAAUAUUCCUGUCAGCUCACACUGGACCCAAACACAGCAUACAGAUACCUCUCUCUGUCUGAAGGGAACAGAAAGGUGAUGAGGACCUCAUCGUCAAGCUGCACAAAGAAAGCCAGGGACUGCAGUGUGCUCCAAUCUCCAGCAGGGGGCAGUAAAACCCUAUGGACCUGGAAGGGACUGCAGUGUGCUCCAAUCUCCAGCAGGGGGCAGUAAAACCCUAUGGACCUGAAAGGGACUGCAGUGUGCUCCAAUCUCCAGCAGGGGGCAGUAAAACCCUAUGGACCUGGAAGGGACUGCAGUGUGCUCCAAUCUCCAGCAGGGGGCAGUAAAACCCUAUGGACCUGAAAGGGACUGCAGUGUGCUCCCGUCUCCAGCAGGGGGCAGUAAAACCCUAUGGACCUGAAAGGGACUGCAGUGUGCUCCAAUCUCCAGCAGGGGGCAGUAAAACCCUAUGGACCUGGAAGGGACUGCAGUGUGCUCCAAUCUCCAGCAGGGGGCAGUAAAACCCUAUGGACCUGAAAGGGACUGCAGUGUGCUCCAGUCUCCAGCAGGGGGCAGUAAAACCCUAUGGACCUGAAAGGGACUGCAGUGUGCUCCAGUCUCCAGCAGGGGGCAGUAAAACUAUGUGUUCCAGUCUCAAACAUGAUUCAAAAACAUGUUAAAUCAAAAAUAAACUAAUUUGAAUAACCAAUCAACUUAUCUCAUAAAGCAAUGGUUAAAUAGAGUAGAAACUGGUGUUUCUCAUUCAUUUUAUAAUUAAAUCCAACCUGUUUCUAUCAUUUCUAGUGAGAUUGUUCUGGUCUCACCAGAAAGUCAGGAUACAGGGCAUUUGACACCAUUAAAUAUUUCCUCUCCCUUUUCUUUCCCUGUCCUUCACAAACCAUUUCAAAACCUUCCAAACAUUUCUGAAUUGAAAAGACCCCAUCCAAAAUAAAUCCCACAGUAUCAACACCACUAAUGCAUAUUCGUAACCAGUAAAUUGUGUGUGUGUGCUGGUGAACCGUAGGUCAAAAACACACCUGAACAAGGCCUCACUUAUCUGGAAGUCUGUUUAUGGCCUAAUCCAGAUACUUUUAUCCUGCUCUCCCCGAUACCACAGUCUCCGGGGACAUUCCAACGAGAGAUAAUGAAACCCCUUUUCUGGAAAAGAAAUUGUACAUUUAGUUAGCAUUCACUAUGUUACAUUUUAAUCAGGAAGCCAAAAGUAUGAAUUAUAAACCAAACAUGAUAAUUGUAAAUCCACUGUCUUUACUCUCAUCAUUAAAUGUAUGAAUUAUAAACCAAACAUGAUAAUUGUAAAUCCACUGUCUUUACUCUCAUCAUUAAAUGUUUGUUUCAAUCC